AUGGCUACCUACGCCCUGCAAAUCGCCGGACUGGUGCUCGGUGGUGUGGGCAUGGUGGGCACAGUGGCUGUCACAGUCAUGCCUCAGUGGAGAGUGUCUGCCUUCAUUGGAAGCAAUAUUGUAGUCUUUGAAAACCUCUGGGAAGGACUAUGGAUGAGUUGCAUGAGGCAUGCUAACAUCAGAAUGCAGUGCAAAAUCUACGAUUCGCUGCUGGCUCUCUCUCCGGACCUACAGGCAGCCAGAGGACUGAUGUGUGCCGCCUCCGUGCUGGUCUUCCUGGCUUUCAUGACGGCCGUCCUCGGCAUGAAGUGUACCAGAUGCACUGGGGACGACGACAAGGUGAAAGGUCACAUUCUGCUGACCGCUGGAGUGAUCUUUAUCAUCACUGGCCUCGUGGUGCUCAUCCCCGUGAGCUGGGUUGCCAAUUCCAUCAUCAGAGACUUCUACAACCCAAUAGUGGAUAUUGCCCAAAAACGGGAGCUGGGAGAAGCACUCUACAUAGGCUGGACCACGGCCCUGGUGCUGAUGGUUGGAGGGGCGCUGUUCUGCUGUGCUUCUUGCUGCCAUGAAAAGAGCAGUAGCUACAGAUACUCCAUACCGUCCCACCGGACAACCCAGAAAAGCUAUCACACCGAAAAGAAGUCGCCGAGUGUGUACUCCAAAAGUCAGUACGUGUAG